AUGGCGGGCCCUCGUCUCCUCCUCCUCCUGGCACUGGUGACUCCCAGCUGGCCAUGGGGCGAGCGGAUCCUGGGGGGCAGCGAGUGCCCCCCCGCGACCCACCCCGGCCUCGUCCUCCUCUUCUACUUCGACCAGCACCAGUGCGGGGGGGCACUGCUCAGCACCCAGUGGGUGCUCACGGCCGCCCACUGCCGGACCAGCCACAUCCAGGUGCGGGCAGGAGAGCGCAGCCUGGCCACGCCGACGGGGCAGGAGCAGUACGCCACGGCCGUGGACGUCGUGGUCCACCCCGGCUUCGACACGGUGGAAGGAGACGGCGCCUACGCCCACGACCUCAUGCUCUUGCGCGUCGAGCCGCCCUUCACCGUCACGCCCUACGUCCGACCCCUGGUCCUGCCCGGAAGUCCCCCGGUCACCGGAACCAACUGCACCGUGAUGGGAUGGGGUACCACCACCAGUCCCCAGGGUACGGGGGGGACCACGGCGUGCCGGUUGGGUGGUGGCAUCUGCGAGGAGAAGGGACGCUGGUGGCCAAGGGAUGGACAUCUCAACCUGCAUCGGGUUGGGUGGUGGCAUCUCCGAGAAGGGACACUGGUGGCCAAGGGAGGGACAUGUCAACCUGCAUUGGGUUGGGUGGUGGCAUCUCUGAGGAGAAGGGACAUGGGUGGACAACUCAACCUGCGUUGGGUUGGGUGGUGGCAUCUCCGAGAAGGGACACGGGUGGCCAAGGGAUGGACAAAUCACAUUGGUUGGGUGGUGGCAUCUCUCAAGAGAAGGGACGCUGGUGGCCAAGAGAUGGACAUCUCAACCUGCGUUGGGUUGGGUGGUGGCAUCUCCGAGAAGGGACACUGGUGGCCAAGGGAUGGACAUCUCAACUCGCAUCGGUUGGGUGGUGGCAUCUCUGAAGAGAAGGGACAUGGGUGGACAUCUCAACCUGCGUUGGGUUGGGUGGUGGCAUCUCCAAGAGGGGACCCAAAAGUCCAAGGGAUGGACAUCUCAACUCGCAUCGAGACCUUCCCCGACACCCCCCAGUGCGUGAACGUCACCGUGGUGGGUGACGACGAGUGCCGGACGGCCUACGGCAGCAAAAUCACCGAGGACAUGUUGUGCGCCGGCGUGGCGGCGGGGGGCAAGGACUCCUGCCAGGGUGACUCGGGGGGACCUCUCGUCUGCAACGGGGUCCUGCAAGGCAUCGUCUCGUGGGGUGACCACCCCUGCGGGCAAGCGGGGAAGCCGGGGGUCUACAGCCAGGUCUACAACUACCUGCCGUGGAUCCGGGAGACGAUAGGGGGGGCCUGAGUCCU